CGCCCCCUACCGGACCAGCCUUUUGUGCGGAUAAAGCGGCUGUGUGUGGUUCCCUACCCGCUCACUAUUCCUCCUGUCGAUUCUGCAUUUUGUAAUUCGACAAAAUGUCGAGAGUCUAUAUCGGAAGGUUGAGUUAUCGGGCCAGGGAGAAAGACGUGGAGAGAUUCUUUAAAAGCUACGGGAAGAUACUCGAAGUCGAUCUUAAAAACGGGUAUGGGUUCGUUGAAUUUGAUGACCCGCGCGACGCAGACGAUGCGGUGUACGACCUGAACGGUAAAGAGCUGUGCGGGGAGAGAGUCAUUGUGGAGCACACUAAAGGGCCUCGCCGUGAUGGAGGCUACAGUGGCGGCGGCGGAGGAAGGAGUGGCUAUGGAGGACGAUGGGGGAGAGACAGGUACGGUCCACCAAUCAGGACAGACUAUCGGCUUAUUGUUGAGAACCUGUCCAGUCGCUGCAGCUGGCAAGACUUGAAGGAUUACAUGAGGCAAGCGGGGGAGGUGACGUACGCAGAUACACAUAAGGGGAGAAAGAACGAAGGGGUGAUUGAGUUCAGGCUCUACUCGGACAUGAAGCGUGCUCUGGAGAAGCUGGACGGCACAGAGGUCAACGGCAGAAAGAUACGUCUCAUCGAAGACCGCCCCGGUGCUAAACGCCGUCGCUCUUACUCGCGCAGCCGCAGCCGAUCCAGAUCCCGCUCCAGGAGCCGCAGGUCUCGCAAGAGCAGAAGCCGCAGUGAAAGCAGCAGCCGGAGUCGCUCCCGCUCCAGGCCUGCUUCUCGCUCCCGCAGUCACUCACACAGCAAGAAGAGCAAAAGCAAGAGCAAGAAAGAGGAAGACCGCAGCAAUGGGGACCAGAAAGACAAAGACCUGAGCAGGAGUCGCAGCCCGAAAAGCAAGAAGGUCAAGAAAGAAGGGAAGGUCAAGAAAGAGGAGUCCAGGUCUAGGUCCAGGUCUCGCUCCCGUUCCCUCUCCAGAAAGUCCGUCUCAAAGGGCCGCGACCAGCCCAAGAGCGACGACGAAGCGGGCGAACCGGAGAGGGGCUCUCGCUCCUGCUCCCCCGCUGACUCAAAAUCCAGAGCCAGGUCUAAAUCAAAGUCCCGGUCCGCCUCCCCAGUCAAAGCCCGCUCCCAUUCCCGAUCGGCUUCCCGCUCAGUCUCUCGCUCUAAAUCCCGUUCCCAGUCCCGCUCUCGUUCUCGCUCAUAGUUUUUGAUUUUUGUACCAUUUUUGUCACCAGCCUUUAUCGAUCCUAGUGCCCCCCCGCCACCACACACAUCCAUCUACUCUUUUUGAUAAGUAGCUGUACAACUCCAGCUCUUGAUGUCUUUUAUGCACAUACAAAUUCAUUUCAUUUUACAAUUUUUUUUUUAUCCCUUUGCUGUAGUUCAAUGCAGUUUUUUUUGUCUGUUAGUUUUAUAACUUGAAUUGGUGGUGUGUGUUUUAGCCCUUUUUUGUCCGCAGAUAUAGCUUACUAUUGCGUACUGCUGUGCUCGCUUGGAAUAUGUCUAAUAUGUUUCACCUUUUGUGAAAUCCUUGUAACAUUUUAUUUCAGAUUAAAAAUUCAAAUCCUCA